AAGAAGACGACCGGACUUUAAUCGGGAGUGUAGAUCGAUCGUUCUGGGUGUUGCACACGAUAUACGCGCUGUUCUGUUUGACUGUCCUGCGGAAAACUGUCAGGUCGAGGGAGAAACGUUGGGAAAUCGCUGUCCUCAUCGGGAACAAGGAAGUGCUGGACGGUUCGGAAGGUAGCCAAGCAAUCGCGUUUUGUCUCCUGUCCUAAACGGUUGUUGCUCUGAAUGCUAACCGUUCUGUCUGUCGGAUUUAAAGGUGGUUAGGGCGAAUGGGUGCGAUCGAUGGAAAACUCGCAGCUGCAGGGACAGCGCUCUCUCAGACCAGGGGAAAGGGCUCACAUUGAGCAGCAGUGCUGUCAGUAAGAAGAGAUCCAUCCUGAGGCAGGAAGCAGAGACUCACCGAGAGUCAGAGCAGCAGAGGACAGAGGAGCUCUGUGGAUCUGAGGCACAGAGACCGUGGGAGUUACAGCACAACUCAACACUCAUCCACUGAAGCUCUUAUUUGACACUGUGUCACUCGAAGAUCUAGCACAGAAGAGGGAAAUGCUAGCUGCACAGCUUCCUGUCUGAGAGGAGCCUGGGACUGUGACUCCAUCCACUCUGGAUCAUUCUGAGAUGGAGUCUCUCAGAAAAGCAGAACAGGACUCUUUACCUGCUUUGAAUUGUGAAAAAAUCAAAUCAGAGAGUGAAGAAUGGGAAGACUCGUUAUCACAGCACCUCCCUGAUAGGAUUAUUUAUGGACUUGGGAAAUACAGAGAAAGCAGAAAUAAAAAUGAAGCUGAUGAUUGUGUCGGCACUUCCGAGUCCAGCCCUCAAACUGUACUGAAGUCUGACCAGAUAAAAACAGAGAUUGCUGAACCGGCCGAUUUUAAACAUGGACAGUAUAUUCAGACUGCAGUAAAAAUAGAGCCUGAGGAGUUGGAACAGAUAAAACCAGAAACAGAGGUCCUUAGACCUGAUGUAAACUCAACAGGAACCACAAGACAGACUGAAACAGAGGAGGAUUGUAACGAAUAUGACUGUGCUGGAAAGAGGAAGUCAGAUGUGCAGGUUCGUAAGAGUUUCAGUGAGGAAUCAGAUUCUGGUGUCCUGGGAAAACAAACUCAGACAGUACAAAAGCUGUACUCCUGCACUGAGUGUGAGAAAAGUUUCAGGCAGCUGUGCCGUUUAAAACUGCAUCAGCAGUUUCAUGAAGGAGAGAAAGUACAUUCAUGCCCUGACUGUGGUAAGAGUUUCAAGCAAUCGGGACACUUAAAAAUACACAGAAGAAUUCAUACAGGAGAAAAACCCCACUGUUGCUCCUUAUGUGGGAAGGGUUUCAGUCACCAAGGAAAUUUGAAAACACAUCAGCGAACGCACACAGGAGAGAAACCGUACUCUUGCACUGACUGUGGGAAGAGUUUCAGUCAGUCUGGGAGCUUAAAAACUCACAAACGAAUUCAUACUGGUGAGAAACCAUACUCUUGUACAGAUUGUGGGAGGAGUUUCUGUCAUUUAAGUAGCUUUAAUCAACAUGUAUUAAGUCACACAGACAAAUCAUAUCCUUGCACUGUGUGUGGGAAGUUUUUCUGUGGCCUUGAAAACUUAGAAAGACAUCAGUUGUUUCACACAGGGCAGAAACCGCACUCCUGUGAUGAGUGUGGGAAGAGUUUCACUCACUUAGGAAGCUUACAGACCCACCAGAGAAUUCACAAAGGUGGAAGAACAUAUAUAUGCACAGAAUGCGGAGAACAGUUCUGUAAUUUAGGAAGCCUUAAAGAACAUCAGCAAAUUCACACCAUUGAGAAAGAAUACACGUGCACUAUAUGUGGGGAUAGUUUUAGUCACUUGGGACAUUUUAAACAGCAUGAACAAGUUCACACCAAAGAAACCACGCUCUUGCCCUGAAUUUGUGAUUUAUGUGUAUGUGCUGUCAGGACCUCUCCUGCCAAACAGCUGAACUCAGUGAUGUGGGUCUUAGUGAGUUCUUGGAUAUGAGACAUUUGCUAAAGCUGGGUUACUGCUGGAAGGAGUGUUCCGGCACCACUAGGAGCCUGUCUUCUCUCUGAGCUAAGCAAAUCCAACUCCCCAGUGCAGUUAUGAGUGCACAGGAGAAGGUGGCAGUUUGUGGAUAGGAUGUUAACCUUGAUGUCUUGGUCAAAUUUCCACACUGGCUGCUUACCUAUGACCACCCAGUCGCCCCCUACAGCUGACUGCCUGUGUAAUACCUUGCAUUGUCCACCUGCCUUGUGUCCCAGGCCCACACUGGUCAACACAGAACUGAGCUCUCAGCUGACCUCCCUGGUUUGAUAAAUAAAAUGUUAAAUAAAAUACAUAUUUUGAAAUAAAUGUCUUUGUUUAGCACCCUUCUGCAUGGAGAAGAGGGGGCAAGAAUACCUUGUGUGCCAUAACAAGGGACAGCAGUUGUCUAUUGUUAAAGCCCACAUGAUAAAGAAAGUGUAAAUGUUUUGUUUUUUCUUCAAUUGUAUAAAUGUCUCUGUUCUGAAUUCUUUCACUAUCAUUUAUUUUUAUCUGCAACAAUGAAUUGUAAAAUUCAGACAUUGGUUUCUACUUUUUGUUUUUAAGCUUGUCCUAUAUAUGUUAUUACUUAUUUAUUUAUAUUGUUAGUUACUUUCCCUACUGUGGAAUCACCAAUUGUGCAUCAGGUUACCAGGAAUUCAAACAUAGAACAGAGUGUAGGCACGUCCCCCUGAUGUCAUCUGAGCAGUUUGUAGACAGCUGACACUCUGCAGGGUGUGGAGGAUGGAACACUGACCCACGAGGUCCACCCCGUCCCGUCAGAAGGAAGGAAACUGUGUUCCCCUGCUACAGACUCUGUUAUUGUGGUCUGGUGAAAGAGCUGGACUCAAAGCUGGGGCAGAGCUGUAUACCUUAGCAUGAGAUCCCAUGAGCCCCAUGGCUGGAAGAGUUUUCUGCCAGAUCACAGUAUGGCGCAGAGAGAAAAGAAGUGCAGCCACCUGUGCAACAGUGUCAGUUUAUUGGACUAUUAGCAUCUGCCCUGUCUGUUAGUGGAUAUUUCUACUUUGCUAAACAGCCAAUGAACCCGUAGUUAUAUGUCUUAUUACCUGUCUUAUUUUUAAUAUUUGCAUUAUGAAGAAAGUGUCUUUAAUUUUCACCAAUCCAUGAUGGGUAGUUAUAUUGUCUGUAUUAUUUUAGGUGUAUGUUGCAGUGAGAGAAUAUUAAGAACUUGUGACUCUGUAGGACAGUCUCUGCAUAGUGUUUUCUGUAUGAUGUUUAUCAAAGUAUUCGUGGAUCUGAGGGCACAGCUGCACCCCUGCAGUCAGGUUCUGAAGGCCAGUGUCCUAUCAGAGACUGAUCUGCUGGCGUACGCUGUGCUGUUUCUGUAGGAAAGAGGAGGUAAAAUAUUCACUGAAAGAGGUUAAAGGCAAGAUGGGUGAUGGAUUUUAAAUAUAACAGGCUUGCUUGGUUCAGCAACAGGAUGGAUGGACACACAGCUUUGUGUAUUUUAAACCUGUUUAAAGUGGAAUUCUGUUUUGUUCUGUCCAUUCUGCCUGUUUUAUUUAGCCCACGUUCACAUGUACCUUUUGAUUUCUGUCCUAGGUUCUCUUCUGUAGUUGUCUAUACUCUCCUGGUGUGGUAAAAUGAUCUUCCUCAGUUAUAGCUCAUUGUUUGUGAUGUUAUUGUUCUAUUAAACUCAAAGACGUUAUCUGGCUUCAGCAUCAGCUGAUGGCACAGAUGGGAUUGGACUUGGGCUGUAGGUCUCAGC